CGGUAGACUGGACCAGAGACUAGACUAGAGAAGGAACUCUAGACUAGACUAGAGAAGGAACAGACCAGAGACAUGCACAGGCCAGCAGCAGCAGCAGGCAAGCGCAUCCUCGCACGUGCAAAGUCAACUGCCACCUCCGCUAUCGAAUACAAAGCCUCACACCGUGGCUCCAGGCUCCAUCAGCUCCCCAUCAUCUCCCCACCCGCAUGGUCUGUCCCCGAAGCCAUCAGCAAUAUUCUCUACACCACACCCACCCCUUCAAAAGAACCACCAAAGCGACACGUCUUGAAUUGUCUCGUGCAAAAUGAACCAGGUGUCCUCUCCCGAGUCUCAGGCAUCUUGGCAGCGCGUGGCUUCAACAUUGACUCACUCGUUGUGUGUAACACGGAAGUCGAAGAUCUCUCACGCAUGACCAUUGCUCUGCGUGGUCAAGAUGGUGUCAUUGAGCAAGCGAGACGGCAACUCGAAGAUCUCGUACCCGUAUGGGCAGUCUUGGAUUAUACCCGCACGCAAAUUGUUGAGCGUGAAUUACUCCUUGCAAAAGUCUCCCUCCUCGGUCCUGAGCAUUUCCAUGAACUCUUGACUCAUCACAAGGAAGAAAUGUCGGGUGACGUGCAAGAAGACGGAACAAGUAGCGAAGACGCGAGUGCUAGUCCCUUCCACCCAGUCAACCUCGCACCUUCAGAAGCACUCCGUCAAAAGCACCUUCACCUACAAUCCCUCACCCAACUCUCCAAGAACUUCGGCGGUCGUGUGGUGGAUAUCUCAACCAACACAUGCAUCGUCGAGCUGUGUGCGAAACCAUCGAGAAUCGAUAAUUUCAUCGUCUUGCUUAAACCCUUUGGUGUUUUGGAAGCUGCACGAUCGGGUAUGAUGGCCUUACCGCGAACACCCCUCGAAACAGGUGUUGCAGAGGAAGUCGAGAUGGAUGAAGCAGAUGUCGUGGAUAUUUCCAACCUGCCUCCUGGCUAGUCAAGUUAUUAUCUCUGUAAACAGGCUUCUUGAUUCGUCCAUUAUAAAAAUGCAGCGCCGUAGCUCUUUCAACCCAAAAAAGACAUAUAUACUUCAGAUACCAACACCUGCUCCCACUUCGCGUACCUCCAAUGUCAGUGGCAAUGGCGUCAAUACGCCAAUCGAUACGCGACACUGCGCAGUCGCAUUGACUCUCAGUGUCCCUCUAAUCGCCUUGCGUAAAAUAUCAGACGGUGGUAACGACCAUGACACUGGAAGCCGAGAGGUUUCCGUCGUAGGUGCAUCCCCAUCGAGUGUAAUUGGGUAGG